CUUGAUUCGUUCGCUCUCUGCUCUGGCAGUCGUCGCCUCUCGUCCUGCUGGAGCACACUUGCAUUGCUGCACCUCGGCCAAGUUAUCGCAUUUAUAGUCUCGCUGAAAGUGUUUCUUCUGCAUCCUCGGAGGCAAGUCAGUCCAGUCCACCGGCCGACCGACCGAAAAUUUGCACGUUUCGCUGCUCGCACACAGCAGCAUUUACAAACAAAUUGAAGGAGCUCAGCGCGGAUAUGUGUCGGUGUCCUGCGGCGUCGCUUUGAAAGUUCAAAGGAAAGAGUGAUUUGAUGGAAGGCGAAGGCGCCAGUAGCAACAACAAUACAACGCUCACGGACGGCAGCGAAACGGCACAGGACCCCGAUGCCGACCCCUUCUCACUGCUGUUCCUCAUUUUCAUCGGCACUUUGAUAGUUCUGCUGAUCACCCUUUCGAUCGCGGGCAAUGCACUCGUGUGCGCGGCUAUCUUCACUGACCGCGGCCUACGCAAGAUUGGCAACCUUUUCCUCGCUUCGUUGGCCAUCGCCGAUGCUUUCGUGGCCGCCCUCGUGAUGACAUUCGCCGGGGUAAACGACCUGCUUGGCUACUGGCCCUUCGGCGCCCAGUUCUGCGACACGUGGGUCGCCUUUGACGUCAUGUGCUCGACGGCGUCCAUCCUAAACCUGUGCGCCAUCUCCCUCGAUCGCUACAUUCAUAUUAAGGAUCCACUGCGUUACGGCCGAUGGGUGACCAGGCGGGUGGUGUGUGCAUUGAUCGCCGGCGUGUGGCUAUUGGCCGCCCUUAUCAGCUUUGUGCCCAUCUCGUUCAACCUGCACAGGCCACCGCUCAGCGAGCUUGCUCCCGUCACCGCCGGCGGCCUUCCAACGUGCGCCCUCGACCUCACACCGACCUACGCCAUUGUCUCGUCGUGCAUCAGCUUCAUUGUCCCGUGCGUUGUCAUGGUUGGGAUCUACUGUCGGCUGUAUUUGUAUGCGCAACGCCACGUCAAGAGCAUCAGAGCGGUGACGAGACCGAUGCAUGUGAACGGCGCCGCGGUUCCAACGCCGUGCCACGUGUCUGACCACAAGGCGGCUAUCACGGUCGGCGUCAUCAUGGGCGUCUUCCUUGUCUGCUGGGUUCCUUUCUUCGUGGUCAACAUCGUGGCCGCUUUCUGCAAAACCUGCAUUCCUGACAUUGCUUUUAAGGUGCUUACCUGGCUGGGCUACUCAAACAGCGCAUUCAACCCUGUCAUCUACUCAAUCUUCAACACCGAGUUUCGCGACGCCUUCCGCCGCAUCCUAGUCUCGCACGCGGGUCCGCUGUGCUGCUGCUGCUGCAACCAAUACGAGGCCGUGGGCGGUCGUCGACUCGGCGCCGCCAGCGGUGCCGCUUCUCGCCGGUCCGAUGGCACCACGCCGCGUGGUCCACCGAGUGGCGGUGCCGUCGAGCAUACCACCUUUGAGCCGGUGCCACAAUCGGCAAGCAAAUCGCCGAUUGCCGCCCCCGCAUGCCGCGUUACUCGAGUCAAUUCGUCCGAGCUGGCCAGCCUCGACGACCAAAAGCCGGUAGACAUUUGACCUCAGACUGUCGUCAACGACGACCAAGAACUGUGCACUACAAAGGUGUAAAUCGGACUACUAUAUUAUUAUAUGUCUCUUGGUCGUUUUACUCAAAUUACUUAAUUUGUGUUCCAAAGAUUUCUUCUGGCCGCUUCUGGCAGUCAAUGAGGUGAAACACUUUCUUUUGCACACAUGUUGAGGGAGGAUUGUAUUUUCUUGAGGGAAAUAUUGCUCAUCCAUUGCAUUUUCGCUAUUUUUAUUUUUCAGCAUAUUUUUAAUAGGUUUAAGUAACACGAGAUCUGGAGCUAGCCAGCAGAGAAAAUACCUCCCUAAAUUAUGUGAACUAAAAUAUUAAGAAACAAUUAAAAAAUCUAGAAUUGAUCUCUUUAGCUCUUUUUCAAGAAACUGCAGGCUAGUCAACGAGCGAGCUAGCUUUAUUCUUUUCAUAAAGGGGUGGGGAAAUCUCUCACAUUUAUUUAUUUCUUGCAAAGAUAAAUAAUUUUUUAUGAAUUAUAACUUUCAUAUUUUUUUAAGAAAAAAAAACUAAUAUAAUAUUUUCGUCAUUGAUUUUCUUGCAUGUAGGCGCACAAUAUUUAUUAAUCAUCUGCUCAAAUUAUUUGUCUGCGGUUGAUUUUCGAAUGCUUAUAUAUUAAUUUACUACAAUCAUGCAAAUCAGCCAGAUGGAAGUGUACAAAUCUCCAGAAGUUUGGAGAGAUGGCGGAAUCAUUUUAUAAUUAAAACAAAACUGGGAAAUCGGGCAGGAAUGAAAAAUUUAAAGCCCUUUGAAUAUAAUAUUCUUUGGAAGUGUGUGUGAUGAAAAAUGAAAAUUUUACUCCACAGUGACUGUAAUAAAUUAUAAAUUCUGACAGACAAAAUUGACGUCUAUUUCCCAAAAUUGAUGUAAUGAUCUUUGUUGACUGAUUGUUCCUCUGGUUUUCUCCAUGAUAAAUGUGAUAAUAUAAUAGAUAUCUAGUCCACGACUAUCUUACUCCAUUUUAAAUGUGCCAAAUUUUUAUGCUAGUCUAUCAGAGAAAAAAAUAUAUAUUUUGCCCUGAAAAAGAGAUGUUUAAACACACAUUUGAUGUUCAAAAGAAAAAAGGCACCUGUCUGUUCAUAUCAUGCAAAUAACCAUGCAGGGUAUUAGAAAAUGCGGUUAUUUGGAUAAAAAAAUAUAUUGAUUUGACAGCCAAAAGAUGUUUCUUUGUGGAUUGUCAAAGGAAAUGAAGGGGAAACGAAAACUACUUAAUGUUUCAGUGUUAUAAAAUAAAUAGAUAUGAAAGGAAACUUGUUGCAUUCCUUGCGUGAAUGAGAGUUAAGAGGUGAAAAGUAGUAUUCAUGUUCAAAAACAUUUGUUAGAUGAAUAUUGAUGUUAAAGAAUGGAAAAUUCUUGGGUGUCGUUGUAGUUGUUAAAAUGAGAUAUAAAUUUCAAUGUAGUUCCUUUUUCUUCAAAGCGAUUUCAGCCAAAGUGUCAAACCAACCAGGAUAUUAUUGAUAUAUUGGAUCUUAUGAGUAACAUAGUAGCGAGGGUAAUAGGCAGGUAUGGAAGUCGCUGAGAAUAUAGUAAAUUAUUAAGUGCAAUGUGAACCGGAGACUGGAUUGCUCAAGAGAGUUUUACUUGACCAAACGUUGAGAAAAAUGUAUCAAGUCAUUUUAAAACACGAUGGUUGUAGAAAUGCGAGUGUAUAUAGGAAGAUAAUAAUAAAUGCAAAUAAUUUUCUUUUUCGGAAUUGUG